CAGCUCACUAGCUCAGCCGUGCUUGUUGCAAGAGGUGGGAGGAGAGAGGCCAGUCUACCAUUAAAGAAAAAGAAAGGAAGAGGGGAGAUGGCCUUGUCGUGGCCCCCCUCAACACAGCGAUUCCGAACUUGCAGAUGGAGGGGAGGGGGUCCAAACUGAAGUCAUUUUCUCUCCCUCCAGCCUCAACUCAACGACGGCAAAUUCUUUCUCCUUGUCAGCGCAAACAAGGAGGCACUGCAGCUCCUACAGCAGCCCACCAGUCAUGCAUCUCUCUGUUUGAUUCAUUGAUCGACCCUAGCUAGCUAAAAUGCCAUCGUCACCAUCUUCUGGGUCCCCGGAGAUCACGAGCUUCUCGUCCGAUUCAGAGGAAUCGGCGCCCAUGAUGAUGAUCCACGGCGGGUUCCUCGUGCAGCUGGUCUCAAGGGAUGUCUCUGACGGACUUCUGGGCAAGUUCGCGGACACCAGCGAGUUCGACUUCGACUACGAGAAGAGCGGCCUCUGGUCGCCGCUGGUGCUGCGGCCCGAGGUCCUGCUCCUCGCUCAGGCGGCGGCGUCGGCCCGGCGACGGCAGCGGCGGUGGCGCUGGCGGAAGCGGAGGAAGAUGCUUUGCUGCUGCUUCUGAAGAUGGUGAUAUUCGUCUCGUGCAUGUGUUCAUCUUCUGGAAAGGAAAAAUUCCUUGUGGUUUCGUGUAUCUCCGUGUGUACCUGACGAUGAUAUCAACGUAGUUGCAGUACACGGCUUAAUUUGUGUGGUUGAUCAUGAAUUGAUGAUCCUGACUAGUACCCUGUGUCCGCUGUAAUUACCAUUUGGAUUUUGUGGGAUCUGUACUGUCGUUCCACCUGAUAUUGUUCAUCUGCUGUAUCUACUCAUCCAAAACAAAUCCACGGUCUCGUUUCCUUGUGAUGGUAUUA